GGAGGUAGCGCACAACAGCAUCAGUGGCAGCAUACCAGACUCCAUCGGCAGCACCAUCCACCUUCAAGUCUUCUCCGUGUGGAAGAACAACCUGUCUGGCAGCAUUCCCGAGUCCAUUGGCAGUCUCACCAAGCUCAGCACGCUGGAUCUGUCAGACAACCAGUUUGAGGGAACCAUUCCCGAGGGCAUUGGCAACAUGAAGGAUAUUCGCAAGUUGGAUCUCUCCAACAACCACUUGACCGGCACUCUCCCCACCACUCUCUCUCGCCUCUCUGGCCUGUUUCAGCUGUUCCUCCAGCGCAACAACCUGAGUGGCGCUUUUCCUCUCUGGAUUGCCGAGAUGUCAAGCAUUGGAUGGCUGUACCUGAGUGACAACAACUUCUCUGGACCCGUGCCUGCUUCUCUUGGCGGCUCUAAAAGCCUCAUCUUUCUCGAAAUGUCAGGUUCGGGGCUCACUUGUCCGCCGAAUGCGUCCAGCUGUGUGGUUCGGCAGGUCAACCACAGUGCCUUCUGCCAAGACUGCCACGAAUUCUGUGCCACGUGUACAAGUGAUCAAUCCCCACCACCAUCACCAAUCGCGGUCUCCCCUCUACCAUCCCCAUCGCCCAAUCAACCCAUCUACCCCUCCCCCCCCUCGUCGCCCUCCUCGCCCUCACCCGCUUCCAACUCACUCGAUUCCUCCUCCCAAUCAAGCCUGUCCGUGGGAGCGGUCAUCGGCAUUGUGACAGCAGCCCUGCUGCUCUUGCUUCUGCUGCUUGCCUCGGCUUGGUGGCUUGCCAGCCACUUCAAGAUCUUCACAAAAGACUCCUCCAGCCCGCGCUUAGGCAACACAGCCACACCAUGCCGGCGGUACUCAUUGGCCGUUGUGGCGCGCGCCACGGGCAACUGGUCCAAGGAGUGCCUGCUGGGGUCGGGCGCAUACGGAGACGUGUACCGCGGGGUGUGCCCCAAGGAUGGCACCACGCUGUGGGCCGUGAAGCGCGCCAAAGUCAUCACCGCUGACUUCCACAGAGAGGUGGCGCAGAUGGCCACGAAGCAUCAUCCCAAUCUGGUGCGGCUGCUGGGGUACGCAGUGGGAGGCCACGUGAACACGCGCGUGGAGAACGUCCUCGUCUACGAGUUCAUCACCAAUGGCGACCUGCGCUCGUGGAUCGGCCCAG